GGCGAAACAAUGAUUAGGGUAUAUAGAGAGUAGGGCAGAGGUAGCCGGCUAUGGCGAUGGAGGAGGGAUCUCUUCCGCUCGAUCCGGCGGCCCGACGAGACGCGACACCAAUCCAGAUGAUUGUCAGGUUCUAGCGAUCUCGCCAAGCAGCGAAAAUAUGUCUGUGCUGAGCGAAGACGCGGCCAUGACCGAUCCCGACCAGGAGGAGCUCUACGCCGAGGCGGAAUGCAUGGCCGCGGCCAGCAGCUCGGCAAUCGCCAUCGUCCCGCCGCCAAAUCUCUCCAAUCCUCAAUCCGCCGCCGCCGCCAAUCCAUCCUCGUCGCGAGCUUCCUCCGUGAUGAUGAUGCCCGUGGAUCCAGAGCCUCACAUGUCGAGCCAGUUCUACACAUUCAAUCGCGCGUCUCACAGGUUGAUGGUGCGCUGCCUCAUGGCCGGGCGGCAUCCAUCGCCGGACGAGAUCCGGGGCGUGGCGACGCCGCCGGUUCUAGCUUCCUGGCGCGGGGUGUGGAAGGAUCGUCACGAAGACACGGCCUAUCUCACGGGCUGGAGGAGGAUCCAGGACAAGCUCCAGGCCCAAGUUGACGAUCUCGGCAACGAGGUGCUGUUCUUCAAGAGCAAUCCUUACCAGUUCGUGCCAUUCAUCGAGCAGUGGGGUGGGAUCGUCCAGCAGUUCCACAUUCGCCCGGAUCUCAAGCACCUCGGCUGCAAGGAGACGCUGGAGAGGAUGCGAGACGUGUGGACUGUCGGUGCCAAGGUCUAUGGAGUUCCAGAGUCGUAUGUCAAGGUAUGUAUCUCGACGUGCCCGGUUUGUGGGAGCUCUAGCGAGCGGUCGUCCCUCGGCGGUGGGAAGAGCAUCAAGAGCAUUGGAGGAAGCGGUGAUGCUGCUGGUGCUGGCAGUGGUAGCGUCGCUAGUCAUGCUCCUACUGGUGGUGGUGGUGAUGGUGGUAAUGGUGGUAAUGGUGGUGGCGGAACUUCUACUGCUGCUACUACUGAUACUGCCGCUGCUGCUGCUAGUGCCGCUCUCCAGCAAUCCAGGAGGAAGAGAUUCGAGUACACCGAAUCGUUCGAGGUGGUGGCUCGAGACGUCCCUCAGCGGUUGCAGCAUCUCGCGGCCAAGUACAAGGUGGUGUUGUGCAUCCGGCAGAAGUAUAUCAGAUACAAGCCGUUUCUAGCCGAGGUGAAAGACUACUGCUGCCACAGGGGUGGGGAGCCGACUGGGAGGAAGCCUGGUGUGCUCAAGAGGAAGCGGUACAUGUCCAAGCGGUGUGGAUGCAGCUUCCGGAUCCGGGCGAUAGUUCCCAUCACGAACUACGACGAGAAGGAGAAAACGUUUGCGUACCAGGAAGAAGGCGUGGCGACGUUCAAGCUCUAUGCGGUUCACUCCGGCCAUGAGCCGGGUCCGCACGAAGGCAGCGCGAGGAUAAUUCACCGGUUUGUCGACCCGAACAGCAUCUCCGAGGAGCUUGCGGCUGAGAAGGAAGAGGAUGAAGCGCGCCAGGUUCUACUCCGGCAGAUACAGGAACUCCAGAUGGAACUUGGGAGCCUGGAACGGAGGCUGGGGAACACGAGCGUGGACGUUCUCAACAGCGUUUGCCAGGACGUAUCGUCGGCGGUGCUGAGGCUCCGAAGCAUCGACAAGGCGGCGGGAGCGAUCGUUCCGGCGGGUGUUGGUGCUCAGCAGCAAAGCCUGGCCGACGACAUGAGCCUGGUGGAGCACUGGUCCCGGGAGGACGAGAUGAGCAGGGAGGCCGACACCAAGGACGACGCAAUGGCGAAGCCAUCUUCGAGACGACGGCCAGCAAAGAAGGCCGCGGAGAAAGCCCCGACGCUCUCUUGCGCGAGGUGCUGCUGCAAGGCGGACGUCCUGCUCGAGACGGGCUACUGCAAGAACUGCGAGACGCUCCUCCGGCAGCCCAGCGAAGAUGGAGGCUUGAGCAGCUACUGCGCAGAGAAUGAUAAGUGGUACGAAGGCAUGGGGUGUGGCUUGGAUGCCACUCACGCGGUGGAGCUGGGAUUCGGCCAUGCUAUCUCGUAACGCAAGCGCGGAGCGAGAGAGCGAAGAGGCCGGACUCCUCGCGAGCUUUGUUUGUACACGUAAAGAAUCAAAGGCAUCACACUCGUUUCCA